UCUGAUUAAUGGUGCUCCCACAUUGCCGUUAGAAAAUGUUUAAUAACGUUAGUAAACAUUUGUUAGCAAACAUUUAAUCACAAAUAAAUUUUCAUGUUAGAAAAUGUUUAGUAAUGUUAGUAAAAUGUGUUAUCUUUUGUUUGUAAACAUUUUAUAAGGGUGAUGGCGGGAUAGGCGGUGCGGUGCGGUGGGGGUUAGAGUACGCAGGUCGCUGCGCGUGGUGUCUCGCUUGUCAGUUCCUUUGUGUCAGCGUGCAUCGCUGUGCGUGUGUAUUAGUGGUUGCGCGUGCGCCAAGCAAUAAAAUAUGUCCGGUAAUUGGAAUAACGAUGAUGUUUACAAACUGAUUGAAAUGUUUCAAGCAAGAGAAGUACUAUGGAACACGAUGUCAGAGAGCUACAAAGACCGAAAUAAAAAACACGAUGCUUGGAUGGAAAUUGCCAGUGAAUUUAAUAUGGAUAAAAAAGUAAUUGAAAAAAAGAUUCGAUCACUCGUAGGUCAAUUUAACCGAGAAUGUAAAUCUAAUAAAUCUGGUGCAGGAGCUAAUGAGUCAAGUAAAUGGUUUGCAUUUAAAAAACUCAUGUUCCUUAAAGGCAAAAAUAUUCCAAGUUUAACUGUCGAUGGAGGGUUGCAGGGUAACGAAGAAAACAGAAUUGCUUCAGAAAACACUCUCAGUUUGAACGAAACAGGAAAUACUGUCACUGAUGAAACUACGGGCACGCCUUUCGCCACCCCAAAACCAUUUCGGAAAAGAAGACGGCCUGAAGUAGAACAAGAUCCAACACAACAAGAAGCUGUAAAUAUUUUACAAAGAAUGUACGAAUCUAGAAAAAGCAGGGAUGAAAAUGACGCAUUUGGAGAGUAUGUCUCGAUGAAACUGAAACAAAUAAAAAACAGUCAUGCUAAGAAUACUGCUCAACAUCACAUUAACAAUAUUUUGUACAAUGCGACAAUGGGACAAUAUGAUUUUCCAACAACCUUUACAGACCCAACCGCUAGUAGUUCCUGGGGAUACAACUCUGAACCAAAUCUAUCCACUUUUUCGGAAAAUAAUGCUGACUGUAGCUCGAGAGGAUACUACACCGCACCGAGUCCCUCGGCUUCAUUUGAAACCAGUUCUUCGGAUAACUCCAGGACACAUACUCGUACCAGCGCAAGAACACAGAGUCCGUCUAAUUUAUCGGAAUCAAGCCAAGAUUCGACCCAAUCAUUAAACGAUUUGUUGGAAUCAAUCAAAAAUUAAAAAAUACAUGUUUGGUUUGUUAAGUAUUAAAAAAAUUAUUAGUAAGGUAAGAUAGGUACCUACCUAAAGUAUGAUUAGAUUAGAUCAUAUUAAAAGUAAAUAAAAAAAUAAUUAAAAA